CAGAAUCUAAUAUAAUCUAAAAUUAUCCAGUAUUUGUUCCUACUUUCCAGGGCCUUUAAGUAACAGUUUCACAGCAGCCAUCCCCAUUUCCAAGCACUGGCUAUAUGGCUGGCAAAAACUCCUUGACACCAGAUCAUGUCAUAACCUCGUCCUUUUCUUCCUUCGGGUCUCUCCCUUGCCUUUAGCAACUUCAGGCAAAACUAGAUCAUAAUCCAUAGCGAACACAGUUGCACUUAUUGAACUUCAGCCUGACACGCAGCUGUCAGGAGCCUACUUGAGAGAAGGGGUAAUAAUUUGCAACGAGCUCAGGUCGUUAUUCAAUACCCUUGCCGUAAUUUCCAGCCGCGGCAGGGCGCUCAAGGUGAAGCAAGAAGCAGAGGGAAGAGGAAUUAUUGAUCGCUGCUGUCAAUUUCAUUCCUGCCAUUGGCUCCUUAGCAUCGUUCUCAGAAGAGGAGGAAGAGAAGAACAAGAAAGUUGAAGCGGAGGAGAGGCAGUUCAGUUCUGAGACGGCCCGGUCGGGCUCAAGCGCCUGCGCGCCCCUCUAGAGCCCCGCCGGGGGGCGCGGGGGGCCGGCCUGGGGCGGGUUCUGCAGGCGGGGACGAGCGAGGUGCGUAGGGCGCCACGUCGGCAAGCGCUGAAGAAGCAGCCGCCAAGGGGUCGGAGUCGAUUCGGGUUUGCCUGGUCAAGUCCUCCGACGUGCUGAACCUAGCGGCGCGGACAUCCCAGCAAGAAAAUCACACUGGGAUAUUUCAAUACAGUAACAUUUGGCAAUAAUGAGCCAGACAGAGAAGAAUGAGCAAGAAAUUCCUCCAUAUCUUAACAGUGAACCCCCAGAAGAAUCUCUGUCAUCAUUGGUCUUCCAUUCACAUGGAAGAUUCAGUAAAAGAUCAUCCACAACAACAGCCUGGCAUGCUUACCCGGGUGACUGGUGGCCUCUUCAGCAUAACCAAGGGAGCUGUUGGUGCCACAGUUGGUGGUGUAGCAUGGAUAGGAGGGAAAAGCUUUGAAGUGACCAAAACAGCAGUUACAGCUGUGCCUUCCUUGGGAGUGGGAUUAGUUAAAGGAAGUGUUUCAGUUGUGACAGGAAGUGUUACAGCUGUAGGAUCUGCUAUCUCAAGCAAAGUGCCUUUAACUGGGAAGAAAAAGGAUAAAUCUGAUUAAAGAGAUUCAGUACUGUUUGUAUGAGAACCUUGUGUAGCUAUGGGAUCUACACGAUUUGGAUUGCUGUAAGGUCACCAUUAUGGAGGAAAAUCUAAAGAACUAAAAGAAUUACUUUCUCCUACGAGGGACAUAAGCAGUAUCACAGAAACUUUAGAUUUCUUCAGGAACUUGUCUGGUGAAAUGUUACACUUGAUUUUAAAAAAAGGAAUCAAGUACAUGGAUCUGAAGGAGUGGCUCAUGUUUGAACAUUAAUUCACUUUUCAAAACCUUGAAUUAAAAAUGUGAAAAUAGAAGUGAAGGGAAUGACUUGGCAAAAAGUUAAGCACUUCACAGUUCUGAUGAUAUAGCUUCCUUUAAAAUAAUUUUAGCAUUAAAGUGCUUAAAUAUUAGCCUGAUUAUGCCCUUAAUUGGUUGCCUCUGCCAUACACAGAUACAUUGAUGUUCUAGCUUCAAGCCUAUGAUGUCUAUAUUUUUUGGAAAACAGUCCUUAAAUUCCCUAUAGAGUCCUUAUGUAUCUUUGCUUUUUCAAACUAUUUUUAUACACACUAAAUUCUUUAGAGGUCAACUGUCACAAGGGUGUGUUUGUGUGUGCGCACACGCAUGUAUAGUAUAUUGAGUCAAAUCAUUCAUGCCUUAUGGUGAAAAACAAUCUAUUUUUUACUUAGAGAACCUUUUAAAGUUUUUGUAAUGUCUUGUCAUUUCAAAGCAGUCUGUAGAAGGAGUUUUACACUUUUUUAAUCAGUUGAUACUGACAAAGAAAGACUGCUAAAUCUCAGGUGUAGCUUACUGAUGUUCUCACCUGCAAAAUGAAAAGCCCUUUAUGUUUUUAGGUUGCUUAACUGAAAAUUAAUUCCAAGUUUACAUUAAGACAAUAUUGAGUAACUUUCCGCUGUAAAAUAAAAACACUUCUGUGAUUUAUAGCCUCAAGGUACAAAUGUGUACGAUCUUAUUUCCUGAGUACAUAAUGCAAAUACAGCAGUUGCUGUGCAUAAUCUGUUUACUCGAGUAUCGCCCAUUAUCUCUAGAGAUUUUGUAGAAGUUGAUGAAUUAUGUUUUACAUUUUCAGUGAUAAUUAGCAUAAAAAUACUUUAUACAAAUAAUACCUCAGCAGAUAGGUUUGCUGAAUGGCACCCAUGACCAAUAAUGAUAAAAACAAGUGAUUUGCAGAGAAACGUAUUUCAUGCAUACAAUUUCAAAGUUUUCUGAGCAAGACAUACAGUAGAUACGUCUCUUCCUGUCUUGUUCCUAAUCCCUAAUCCAUUAAAUCAGGAUAGGUAGUCCUUUGUACUCAGUGGGCUAUAUUGUGGGUUUAUUGGAUUGAUAUCUUUCAGUUUCAUUUAGAAGCUCUUUAGCAUGUUUCUAUUGACUUUGUAGCAUUUUGGUAGUCCUUAAAAAAGACUGAAGUUCACAUGAUUAUUCUGUAUGCAAUGUUUCUUAAAAUGUAUGUUGAAAACAUGCAAAUCUGGUUGGAAUAGUUGUGAUUAUAAACACUAAAUUAACAGAUGAUGUCUUGUAAAAGUAAUGACCAAAACCUCUCCCUUGUCUAAAAUUACAUAUUCAUAAAUUAAAUUAAUCUGAUAUAAUUUA